CGCCGCCGCGCCUCCCCGGCCGCGUCGCUCUGACGUGCGUCGCCGUCGUCGGUCGUCUCGUGCCGGAGGCUGCGGCCUGGAGUUGGAGCUAGCUAGCCCUACGCGGGACUCGCGCGCCCAGGGACCGGACCGACCGAUCGAUGGGGGUUCACCUGCUCAAGAAGCAGCACUCGUCGGCGUCGCUGGGGGGCUCGAGCGGGGGGCCGAUGCCGCCCAAGGGGUGCAUGGCGGUGCGCGUGGUGGGGCCCGGGCCCGGCGGCGGGGAGUUGGAGGAGGAGCGGUUCGUGGUGCCGGUGGGGUACCUCAAGCACCCGCUGUUCGUGGCGCUGCUCAAGGCGGCGGAGGAGGAGUACGGCUUCGAGCAGAAGGGCGCCAUCACCAUCCCCUGCGGCGUCGACCACUUCCGCCGCGUCCAGGGCAUCAUCCACCACCAGAAGCACCACCACAUCUCCGGCGGCGGGCACCAUGGCCACCACAACCACCACCACCACUUGAACAUCGCGGGGUGCUUCCGCGCCUGAUGCCCCCAGGAAGAGAAGGGAGAUCCAUGCAUGCCGGCCCAUCAUCUAUCUCCAGCUAGCGGAUGGAUCGAAGAACAAUAACGGUCUGGACAUAUGGACGGACGGAUGGAUAUCAUUAGAGUUUUUCUCUAGGUUUCUGAUGAUGAUGAAAAAGGAAAUCAAAGAAUCGUGAAUGUUUCAGUGCUUAGACUUUAUGCUCUGUCCGGCCUCUCUUGAUCUCCCUUUCUCUUCUACUAGUUCUUCUCUCUCUUUUGUGAAUGCUAGCUAGCUACUACCAGUUGUUGGCAUACUGCCAUAUCUUUCCGGAUUAAUUUCUCAGAUUCCGAAGUAUAUAGCUCUUCUUCUCCAUCAAAAUCCCGAAGUUUUUUUGAAUGCCUAUAAACAGACGGAUUGGCAAUUUAUAACGAGGAGGUUCUAAUUCCGCACUCCCUCCGUUCAAAAUUA